CUGUUUCUGGUUUCAAUUGGCCAUGAGAAGGAAAAAGGCUCCAUCAUCGUCUUGCUCGUCGGUGCUCCGGGAAGUGGGAAGUCCACUUUCAUCGAGCAUGUAAUGCGAUCGUCUUCCCGGUCCUGGGCUCGUAUUUUCCAGUUUGAUAAUGAGAAGCCUUCUGAUAUUAUUGUUGAAAAAGUUGAAGAGUUUGUGAAUAAGACUAGGAAUGCAAGACUUGUUCUUAUGGACUUACGCCACAAGUCAAAGAUAUUAUCGUUGGUUAAGGGAAAAGAUGCUCAAAGAAACAAAGAUUCAAAUAAAUUCUUCACUUUUGUUGGAGAUAUAACUAAACUCUAUUCUCAAGGUGGUUUAAGGUGCAAUAUCAUAGCUAAUGCUGCCAACUGGCGGCUUGAACUUGGAGGUGGAGGUGGAGGUGGAGAUGUGAAUACUGCAAUCUUCAAUGAUGUUGGUCCAGCUCUUGAGGUUUCCCCAAGGGAUUGUGCAAAAUCUCUGCUCCCCGGACAUGUCGUAGCUAUUCCUCUCACUUAA